GCUGAUCCCCAAAAGUAAACAACGGCGGCGAGGAGAAAGAAGAAGAAGGAGGAGAUGGUGGGAUUCCCUAUUGCAAAAUUAGUCACUCUGGUUAUCAAGCAAGUGUCCAAACCACUUGCCAACGUAGCCAAGACUCGGGCGAAGAACAGCCAUUUCUUCAGAACUUAUGUGUUGAUGCCACCCGCCCAGUUUUACCACUGGUGCGAGGUGCGCAUGAAGAUGUACGUCAUGAAUCUUGGACGGUCCAGUCAAGGGUCAACCAUACCACGUUUGAGUGAGGAAGCUGCAAUUGAACUAGGGGCGAAUUUGUUAGGUGAGGGAGUAAUAUUUGGAAUUGCCGUGGCCAUCCUUGGCUAUGAAGUGGCACGACAAAAGGAGAAAGAACGCAAGAAGGAGCAGGAAGAAUCGGACUUCAUCAACAGCUUAGAGCAGCGCAUCAAUGACCUUGCGUUUGCCAAUGAGGAAUUGGACACGAAGGUGCGAGAGUUGACAAGGAGCAUGUAUGCCACACAGCAUCAGUUGCAGAUACAAGGGAAGCAAGGAGCUGUCCUGCAAAUGAAGCCCCAUGAAGGCCAAGCAGGAGGAGCCAGCAGCGGGAACCUCACCAAAGCCCUGGUGGACGCAAAGAAUAAAAUUUCUAGCUAGGCUUGUUUGAGGGUGUACAUAUAGAUUUUUUUCUUUCUUCUUCUGUAGUGAUACUUUAUAAUCUGUUUCGAUGAGGAUUUGAUGAAGACCUAACAGAAAAUGUCUUAAGAGUAUUUAAAAAAAGAAAGAAAGAUAAAGGAUGAUGAUAACCAUUGGUAUAAUGCCAGAUAUCUUCGUCACUUUUUCAUGUAGUGAAAUCAUGCUGAUAUUUGAAAAAAAAAAAAAAAAAAAGGUUGUGAAGCAUUUAUUUUGUGAUAUAUUUCUUCAGAUAAAAAUUGAUUUUUGUUAGACUACAAUUCUACUUUUUAUCAUAAUUUGAAUGUUCCAAUUUAUUUCAUUCUGUCUUUUAUUUUGACAAACAAUGUUGGCAUGAAAUAAAUUGCUUUUACUUGAAUAAGUUUAGAUUAUUUAUAAAAAGACAGUGAAGAGAUAAAUACCAAAAAUGUUAAAUUAAAUAUUUGUUGAGAGGCUCAAAAUACAUAUAUAUAAUUUAUUUAUUGAUGCUCAGGAAUAGAAGUGCAAUGAAGUUUAGUACACAAAACUCAAGAGCAUGGUGUGUGUUUUUUUAUGGUAAUAUCUUCAUGGAAUGUGAAAAGAACUUCAUAAACUCAAGAAGCAUUCUCAAAGCUGAAUUUGUGCUUGAAUGUAAUCUAAAUUGAUAUUGUCUUUACACUUUUUUUUUUUUUUCCUUCUCUCUCUCCUCAUUCUUUUUUUUCUCUCUCCCUCCCUCCCACCCCCUAUUUUCUGGGGGGGGGGGGGAUGGGAUUUGGUAAUUUAACCAAAUUAUCAAGACAAAAACACGGAAUCUUCUAUGUGUCUUAGAAAAAAGUAACAAAUUAUAUAAAAUCCAAGCACAAAUUCUUAUAUAGCUAUUCAAUAUACACUGUAACCUUUAUUAAAGUCUUUAGUGAAAAAAUUGUUUAUUCGUUUAUUAAGUAAUUUAAUAUUUAAUAAUAUAUUUUCUAAAAGGUCACAAUUUAAAUGUCAUAUUGAGAAGAAAAAGUCUUGAGUGAAAAAUAAAAUAACUGCUUAUUAGUUUGUAAGGUUAUUUAAAUAUUUUUUAGGUAUUAACUGUUUAUGAUAUCAGUUUCUCUUCAUGCACUGUGAAAUAGUUUGUAUAUAGGUUGAACUUGUAAUAAUAUUCUAAUGUGUGUAUAUAAUAAGUGUCUGUAUAUAAAAAGAUC